AUGAAAUAUAGAUCGACGAGAGGAAGUUAUCAAGACAAUUUAACAUUUUCUGAGGUGGUACUGAUAGGCUUAGCAAAAGAUGGUGGUCUAUUUAUACCACACGAUAUACCAAAACUUCCAAAUAAUUGGUAUAAAGAUUGGUACAAUUAUUCGUUUACCGAAUUGGCAAUAGAAAUUUUCUCAUUAUAUAUAUCUGAAACAGAAAUACCUAGAAAAGAUCUUCAAAAGUUAAUAGAACAAUCUUAUUCAACAACAGCGCCGUCAAUUGUCUUUAGAGAUAAAGAGGUCACACCCAUCAAAAAAAUUAAAGAUAGGUUGUAUAUUUUGGAGUUGUUUCAUGGACCAACUUUUGCAUUCAAAGAUGUUGCAUUACAGUUCCUGGGCAAUUUAUUUGAAUAUUUAUUGAUAAAAAAGAAUAAUAAGAGUGUGGAAAAGAAUGAGGAAGAGAGAGAAAAAAUUACAAUUGUUGGUGCAACUAGUGGCGACACUGGAAGUGCAGCAAUUUAUGGAUUAAGAGGGAAAAAAGAUAUAUCAGUAUUUAUUUUACAUCCACAUGGAAAAGUUUCUCCAAUUCAAGAAGCACAAAUGACCAGUGUUUUAGAUAAUAAUGUUCAUAAUUUAGCUGUGAAAGGAACUUUUGAUGAUUGUCAGGACACGGUUAAAGCGCUUUUUGCAGAUGUUGAAUUCAAUCAAAAACAUAAGCUUGGUGCAGUAAAUUCUAUAAAUUGGGCUAGAAUUCUUGCGCAAAUAGUAUACUAUUAUCAUUCGUACUUUCAACUAUUAAAAUCUUUAAAUAUUUCUCCAUCAACAUCUGCAUCUGUACCAGAUAUUAAAUUACAGUAUUGCGUACCAACGGGUAAUUUUGGUGAUGUUUUAGCAGAUGGCGAAGGCAAAGAAAAAAAGAUUAAUAUUACAUGUUCUACAGUUAAUGAUUGGAUGAAAAAAGUUAAAUCAAAUCAAAACAUUAUUGUUGAUAAAUCAAUUUUGGAUAUAGCACUUUGUGAUUUUACAAGCUCUAAAGUUACUAAUGAAGAGACAUUAAAAGCUAUAAAAACUUAUUAUUCGCCUAAUUCUGAUAACCAAGUCUCGUAUUUACUUGAUCCACACACUGCUGUUGGUGUGGCAGCUGCAGAAGUUGUAGUUGGGCAAAAUAAUGAUCCAAAUACAUAUCAGAUUUGUCUUUCAACAGCUCAUCCAGCAAAAUUCUCUGAAACAGUUGUAACAGCAUUAAAAAAUUUUCAGAAUUUCGAUUUUCAAAAUAUUCUACCAGUGGAAUUCAAGGGAUUAUUGGAAAAAGAAAAAAAUGUUGUUUUUGUGGAGAAGGCUGAUAAAGAACUGGUUAAAACAGUUAUUGAAAAAGAAUUGGAAAAGGAAAAAACUUUGAUUAAAUAA